GUUGGAUCACACCUGGACUGGCAGCAUGGAGGGGAGUGAUGUCUAUGGGAAUAUGGGCUUCCAUCAGCAGACUGGAAGAAGAGCACUGGUAGACAGGCGGAGAAUACAGGCUCCAGCAAAAACAGCAGUGGAUGAUGAAGAGGAAGUCGACUAUGCGAAUAUUGAAGAUUCCAUUGAACCGGAGGAGAAAACACCAAACUCAAAGAAACCACUCGCAGAGGAACCGAAACCACAAGCAGCCACAAAGUCAAAUGCCUGUGGUGCCAAGUCGAUUGUGGUUCUCUACAUCCUUCUGAUAGGCAGCUCUGCAGUGUGGAUGGCUCUGUUCUCCAGGGCUUUUGCGAAAUAUUCGGAAAUAGCUGCAGUACUACAGGACGUGAGAACCACACAGAAGACCUUGCAAGACAACGAUUCUCAGCUCUCUGCGCUGGUCACUAGCUUUGGAAAUGACGUGUCUCACCUAAUCAGUAAAGUGUGCAUCAAAACCUGCCCCUGUGAAUGGAUCUCGUUCAGUGAAGCAUGCUACUACUUCUCCAAGAAGCGCGCAAACUGGCACAAAGCAAAGGAGUCCUGCAACAGUAAAAACGCUUCCCUCGCAGUGAUCAGCAGCGACCAAGAGCUGGAUUAUCUGAAGAGCAGAAUAGGCUCCACUCAUUACUGGCUUGGACUGAGUGAUUCUGAGACGGAAGGGAGUUGGAAGUGGCUGGACGGACGCCCAGUCGAGACAAGGCAAGUCCUUCCAAACGAUGCGUUCCUAAAUUUAGUGCGAUUACAUCAUGCCGCUGCAAAUUCAUUAAAAACAGGAGACCGCUUGCUCUUCAGUGCAAUUUCCAAUGAAUAAGCAUUCCUGUAAAAGACUGAGAGAGAGACUCGAGACCUGGUCACUCAGAUUACUCCUUGUAA